GAUAGCCAUAUCCCUUUCACAAGCCAUCUAUCUCGUCAUCUCAUGCCUUCAAACGCCCUUUUCAUUUUCAACCUUAUAAUCUAACAUCUCUGUUCUUACUUUCUCGAUACAUUCCUUCUAUUUCCUAAUUCCAUAGCUCAGAUUAACAAGAUGGUUGCCGACACUCUAGUUUACCACCCAUCUGUUGCGCACUACCUCAAAUUUGUCGCAACAACCGUUGGUCGCGAUAAGCUUCUCCGAACCCUUCAAUACUUCUCCAGAUUUUACGCCUGGUAUCUCCUUCGCACCAAUGGAACUCCUAGUGAAAUUGCGCCUUACGAGGCCAUCAAAAAACAAUUCGGACUCGCGCGCAAAUUAAUGCGCUUUGGAAAGAAUGUCGAACAUUUGAAAGCAGCUGCUACCGCUGCGGAUUCUAAAAGCCUUGACCCGGUAAUCAAGUACUGUGCUGUGGGAAGGCAAUUGGGAUAUGCAGGUUAUUUAACUUUUGAUGCGUUCACGGUGUUGGAUGCUGCGGGCAUCAGGAAGAGCCCGUCGACGAAGAGGAUACAGAAGGAAGCCUAUAGGUUCUGGUUGAUGGGACUGUUGUUUAGCACAGCGUCGGGGAUGUACUCUUUGUAUAACCUACGACAACAGUCUGCAAAAAUUGAUAAGAAAGAUGGAGAAAGUGUUGUGACUAGUAAGAGAAUCGAAAAGGAGCGUGCUGCGAUCAAUAUGCAACUCUUAUCAGAUCUCUGCGAUCUCACAAUCCCAAGUUCGGCAAUCGGCUUGGCUAACUUCGAUGAUGGUAUUGUUGGAUUGGCAGGAACUCUGAGCAGUUUGAUCGGUGUUUAUGGUACAUGGAAGAAGACUGCUUAAAUAAUUUGCCGGUUAGGUGUUUCAAAAUCAGGAGAGCGUAUGAAUAUUCGCAAGACUUGACAAGCAGCUCUCUUCCGGACUAUCAGAUUGGCCACGGAUGAUAAGAUUGUACGUACAAGAUUGGAUCACUGGCAUUGCAACCUUGUAGGUUUAAGUAGUCUGGAAUCGAUCUCAUGGAAUAAAAGACCACGAUGAGGGACCAGAGUUCACCGGAGUUCAUAACCGAGAGUUGUAUAAAAUGGUUAGAAAGCCCUUACCCGAUUGUUCCUAACCCAUUUUCCUUCAGAUUCUCUAUGACAAAUUUGCUUGAUUAUGUUUUGUUUAAUCACGGAGGCCCCGUCCAAUUUAUUUGUUGACAGAAACUGAAUGUUGAACGGUGGC